GAACAAUAUAUCUAGACCGUAUGGGUCCUUUUCCUCCAACCUUUGCUUUUCCGGUGUUGUUCCUUUACCUACAAAAAAUCUAUUUUGAUUCUCCGCUAAAUGCGACCUCUGCAAAUUUCUUCGCUUCUCCAUCGGUCUAUAUUCAAAGAAUGCCAUCGUGUUCAAAACGUGGAAGCUAUUGUGUUCGCCACAUGGAAUCACUUUCUGUCCAGACGCCACCAUUUAAGCACUUGUUAUAACCCUUUCUUGAGACAUGUUAAAUCGAUCACAAGGAACACAAAAGUACACCAUAUCUCAUCCAUGUCUCUCUCGACUUCUCAAGGGAGUCAAGACGAAGCGUCACCCUUACCUAUGUGUUAUUGGAAUUCAGCGAAAUCGAAGUGGGGGUUUGCCAUUUAUCGGACAGUCUACACACCAGAGUCGGAUGCUAAGUGGCCGAUUGCGAUGGACAGAUUAAGGGAGUGGCUUCGGUCCGAAAUAACGGAAGACGAAUCGGUUCAUGAGGAUUAUAAGGGGAAAAUCUAUGAGAACUUUCUGAACUUGGUUAUGGAUGAUAAGAAGCUCUAUGAUGGACUGCCGAUUACGGAUGUCAAGAAGCACUUCAAGAAAUGGCUCAUCGAAAACGAGCUCGAUUAUUCAACAAAUCCAGAAGCGGAGUAUGACGGAAGCAUUUACCAAGAUCCCGAGAUUUUGGAAAGAGCUCAUCUUCAGGAGGAUGAGACGCUGAAGCAACAGCUUAUUAUGGAGUCAUAUUGGUAUCUCAGCACAAGGAUAUGUAUUGUAGUUGAUGAAGAGGUAUUAACGAGUCUCAUGGAUAUUCCAUGUCCUACUCGCGGGGAAACUGUCACAGCUGUUUGGCUGAAAAUCAUCUUGGACGCACACCCAUACUGCAAAGAAGGUUUCCUAAAACUCAAUCCCUGGUAUAAUGGUUGGGGUCGAAUGGAUAUUAGGAAUGGGCUAGCUCGAACUCAUUAUCUUAUUGAAGACGCUGAUUUAGACGAUGGUAUAGCGUUUGAGAUAGACGAACAACCCUAUAUAGAAAUCUAGAUAGCUUAGAGUAACCA